CAAACGAGUCUAUGGAUAGUUUUGUUUUUAGUCAUGAAGAGAGGGCACGAAACCUUGGACGAAGCAAGAGAUUUAAGUGGAGAACAGACUUUAAAAAAGUUUAUUGUAAAUGAGAAAUUUAUCUUUGAAAUUAAGCAUGCUGAAGCUUAUCUUCAUGAAUGCCCUUUUUUUCGCCAGCCUGCAGAAUUCGGUGCCUUUUCUUUGGAUAUUGAUAGAAAAUACAUGAAUACCAACGAGAAGAUGAGGGAAUAUGUACCAUCAGUAAAGCGUGAUCCCCAAUUCGACUUAAACGUUGGCUUUAAAACCUUAACUGCAAGGGACGAGGAUGUCCAAGAGAGACUGGACCACUUACUACAGUGGGUCGAUCUUCACAGAGACAGAUUUAAGUUGUCCACUGACAGUCACCCAGUAAGCUUGCAUACAGAUUUCUUAACAUGGCGAGGGCAUCUUGUAAAAAUCCUCUUGACACCCUAUGAGAAAAGGGAGCCAUGGCGGAUGGAUGCUUGUAAACACAAUGGUACAAUCUUCAUAUCUGAAGUUGAAACUGAAGAAAAAAGAGUGCAAAGAUUGAAACAAAGUGAGAGACAAAAAGAAAUGUGUUACUGGGGAUACAAAUUUGAGGAUUACAUGACAAAACCGUUGUCAGGGAAUAAAGCAACAGAGAAGUGUUCAAAGAAUGUAACAAACAAUUGUGAAGCAUACUGCAGUGUUGUGCGGACAAGAAUGAGCAGUCACUCACUGGUGUUUGGAGCUGAAGUUGAUUGCUGCACCUUGACAGAUGGCAAAGUAAAGGGACCAGGUUCUUAUGUAGAACUAAAAACCACAAGAAUAUUAGACAACCCACGGCAGGCCAGGAACUUUGCGAAUUUUAAGUUAAUCAAAUUCUGGGCUCAGAGCUUCCUGGCAGGAGUACCAAAAGUGGUGUGCGGAAUGAGAGAUGACAAUGGCAUUGUAAGAAAAAUUAAAAACUAUGUUACUUUAGACAUACCAGACAUAGCUUUAAGGGAGGGUGCAAGAUGGAAACCAGCUGUUUGCUUGAAUUUUCUUGAUCAGUUCUUGCAGUGGAUGAAAGAAAAGGUUGUUGAUGAUGACCACAAUGUUGUGUACUCUUUCAGGUAUCAAGAGCCUUUUCAUGUAAUUGAGAUGAAGAGACUCCCCUAUGGUGAAGAAUGUUUUCUUCCGGAUUGGUUUUUAAAGUAAUUCAAAUAAGGUUUGUAAAUUUUAUCAAGCAGAUAAAAGUAUAACUUGAA